UGAUGGCCUUAACACUCAUCAACACACCACUACAUCUCACUUCUCUCUUUCAUAUAUAUUCACAUCGUUCAAUUCUUUGUUUGAUCAUCAGCUCUUGAAAGUCCCAUUAGAAACUAUAUCAUGGGUUUGAAAGGUUUUGCUGAAGGUGGUGUUGCCUCCAUCAUUGCCGGUGCUUCCACUCAUCCUUUGGAUUUAAUCAAGGUCCGUAUGCAACUUCAAGGUGAAUCCCACAUCCCAAAUCUAUCUUCCGUGCAAUCCUAUCGCCCUGCUUUUGCGUUGAGCUCUACGGCCAACAUCUCCUUACCAACCACCUUAGAACUCCCUCCUCCACACCGUGUGGGACCCCUUUCCAUUGGUGUCCGUAUCAUCCAAUCCGAGGGUGCUGCCGCUCUUUUCUCUGGUGUCUCCGCUACCAUACUCCGCCAAACCUUAUACUCCACCACCCGUAUGGGCCUUUAUGAUGUCCUCAAACAUAAAUGGACGGAUCCAGAUACUAAUACCAUGCCACUUGUACGUAAGAUCGUGGCUGGACUAAUCUCCGGUGCUGUCGGGGCUGCUGUUGGUAACCCUGCUGAUGUAGCGAUGGUCCGUAUGCAGGCUGAUGGACGUCUCCCAAUUGAUCAGCGCAGAAACUACAAGAGUGUUGUCGAUGCCUUAAGUCAAAUGUCAAAGCAGGAGGGUGUCGCUAGUCUGUGGCGGGGUUCGGGUCUUACUGUCAACCGUGCGAUGAUUGUGACUGCAUCACAGCUUGCAUCAUAUGACCAAGCCAAGGAGAUGAUCUUGGAGAAGGGUUUGAUGAGUGAUGGGAUCGGCACCCAUGUCGCAGCAAGUUUUCUGGCUGGUUUUGUGGCUUCCGUUGCUUCAAACCCUAUUGAUGUGAUCAAGACUAGAGUUAUGAACAUGAAGGUUGAGCCCGGGGUUGAACCACCUUAUAAGGGCGCAUUAGAUUGUGCACUGAAGACUGUCAAGGCAGAGGGUCCUAUGGCCUUGUAUAAGGGCUUUAUCCCUACAAUUUCAAGGCAAGGACCCUUCACGGUUGUGUUAUUUGUCACACUAGAGCAGGUUCGGAAAUUACUUAAAGAUUUCUGAUUAUUGUAAAGGACAGCCAAAGAUUAAUUGAAAUUUAAGGCAGUGAGAACAAGAACAAGCAUGGAUAUUUAUUGAUUUUUUUAAAUCAGUUGUAUAAUACGGAGUCUCUGUGUAAAACUAUUCAUCAUGGUUCAUAUGAUGAUAAGAAAUUAUGAUUAAAACUCAAGCUUGAUGGAGCUAGAAAUUAAAGUA